GGGACGUUACGCCCAGGCAGGUGGGUGAAAUUGUUCACCCCCUAAUCGUAGCUGAUGCUUUUGCACGUCCGGAAAAAAGGAUCCCAUCUGGGCUUCUGACUUUAGAGCACAGAUCAGCUCUGGCUCAUUCCCUGGGCUCAGUUUUUCUUUUUUUUUUUGGUCUGCAAGAAAGGUGCUUGGCCACGCUUGGAAUUAACAACUGCAGGUUUAAUUCCCUGGACUUUAAAAACAAAGUAAGUAUGCUAACAUUGACUAAGACAGCAAGAGUUUUUUCUAAACCAUCAAAAAGGAAAAUUCAUGAAUUUUUAAGAAGUCUAUAUUAUCCCAGCGAACGAUUUUUUCAUAGAGUAGUACUGGGAAUUGAGACCAGUUGUGAUGAUACAGCAGCUGCUGUGGUGGAUGGCAGUGGACAUGUAUUGGGAGAAGCAAUACAUUCCCAAACGGAAGUUCAUUUAAAAACAGGUGGGAUUGUUCCUCCAGUAGCUCAACGGCUUCACAGAGAAAAUAUUGAACGAAUAGUACAACAAGCUCUCUCGGCCAGUCAUGUGUCUCCAAAUGAGCUCUCAGCAAUUGCAACUACCAUAAAACCAGGACUUGCUUUAAGCCUGGGAGUCGGUUUAUCAUAUAGCCUACAGCUGGUACACCAGUUUAAAAAGCCCUUCAUUCCCAUACAUCAUAUGGAGGCUCAUGCACUCACUAUUAGAUUGACGAAUCAAGUAGAAUUUCCUUUCUUAGUUCUUUUGAUUUCUGGAGGACACUGUCUCUUAGCAUUAGUUAGAGGAGUUUCAGAUUUUCUGCUUCUUGGAAAGUCUUUGGACAUAGCACCGGGUGACAUGCUUGACAAGGUAGCAAGAAGAUUGUCUUUAAUGAAACAUCCAGAGUGCUCAACCAUGAGUGGUGGGAAGGCCAUAGAACAUUUGGCUAAACAAGGAAAUAAACUGUGCUUUGACAUCAAACCUCCCAUGCAGCGUGCCAAAAAUUGUGAUUUUUCUUUUUCUGGACUUCAACAUGUUACUGAUAAGAUAAUAAUGAAGAAAGAAAGAGAGGAAGGCAUUGAGAAGGGGCAGAUACUGUCCUCAGCCGCAGACAUCGCCGCUGCUGUGCAGCACACAAUAGCCUGCCACAUUGCCAAGAGGACACAUCGUGCCCUUCUGUUUUGCAAGCAGAGAGACUUGUUGCCUCAGAACAAUGCAGUACUGGUUGUGUCUGGGGGUGUUGCGAGUAACUUUUAUAUCCGAAAAGCUCUGGAGAUAGUAGCAAAUGCAACCCAGUGCACUUUGUUGUGUCCUCCUCCCAGGCUGUGCACUGACAAUGGAGUGAUGAUCGCAUGGAAUGGUAUUGAAAGAUUGCGUGCUGGCUUGGGCAUUUUGCAUGAUGCAAAAGACAUCCGCUAUGAACCAAAAUGUCCUCUUGGAAUAGAUAUAUCAAAAGAAGUUGGAGAAGCAGCCAUAAAAGUACCAAGAUUAAAAAUGAGCAUUUAAUUUUUAUUUUUUUCAGAAAGUCCUAAAGGUUACCACAAUUCACUUCAUAGAACUUACUGGUAGACAGAUGUUUACAAGCUUUAAAGAAGGAAUGAGACUGCCUUGAUUCUGAUUUGUAAAUUAUUCUUACAUUAAUGCCACACACAGAGAAAGAUGAUUUUAUUUUGUUUGUUUUGUUUUGGGGCCACACCCAGCUGUGCUCAGGGCUGACUCUUGGCUCUACACUGAGGGAUCACUUCUGGUGGAUUCAGGAUAUGGGAUGCCAAGGAAUCAAACUUGGGCCAGCCACAUGCAAGGCAAGCUCCCUGCCAGCUAUACUAUCACUCCGGUUCAAAACAAGAUAAGUCUUGACCCAUUUUAUUAACAAAUAAUUUUCCACAUAUUUCUAAUAUCCCUCAGAUAUUCCCUGAAUAAAUGAAAUUCUUUUUUCUUUUACUCUCUUUUCUGUUCUCUUCCUUUCUACUUGUGACAGCAGCAAACUGAUCUUUACUUUUAAAUGGUUCCAAUCUUGUUUUUGACUAUAUAUAAGAUGAUAUGUCAAAUAAGAAUCAUUUUGGGGGGCUGGAGUGAUAGCACAGCAGGUAGUGCGUUUGCCUUGCAUGCAGCCGACCCAGGUUCGAUUCCCAGCAUCCCUUAUGGUCCCCCAGGCACUGCCAGAAGUCAUUCCUGAGUGCAGAGCCAGGACUAACUCCUGAGCAUCGCCGGUGUCACCCAAAAAGCAAAAAAAAGAAAAAAAAAAGAAUCAUUUUGGUCCUACAGUUCGAGGACACACAAACAAGCAUUAAACAGUGCAUGAAAUCACAAGUAAUUUAUUUUUCCUAUUAGAUAAAUGUAAGUAAAAUGAUAAGAUCUGAAUCUGCUCUGACAGGCCAAGGCUACUCAUCCACCAUCUACCAAUUAUGUGCAAAGCUGUGCAGAAUAUCGAUGGGAAAAAGAAAUGGCUUCUGCCCUAAGAACUUAUAGAGUAGAUAAGUUGUAAGUAAAACAGAAAGUAACAAAAUAAGUCAUAUUUCUAUGUCUUUAAAAUAAUGGCAUUUCUAUGGACGAUAUUUUUUCAGUUACUGCUAUUGGCAAGGAAGUCCUUAAGUGAAAUCAUUCGCAGAGGCCUGAGAGAUAGCACAGCCAGUAAGGCACUUGCCUCUCAUGGAGCUGACCCAGGUUCAAUCUCCAGCACCACAUAUAAUCCUCUAAGCACAGAGCUAGGAAUAAUCCCUGAACACAGCUAUG